AUGCGCAGCGCAUUGCUCCUGACUGUAUUUGUGGCUUUCGAUCAUGCCCUCCUUGCGCGAGUAGGCCGCCCACAGCACAGCGUUGGCUUCGACUUCUCCUUGGAUUAUGCUGUAGCAAGCAUCCAUUUUUCGAACCACACCUUCGUCGAUGUCGCCACGGUGCAGGGCGGAGCGGAAUAUCGACAAGCCAUGCGAACGUUCAUGUCGACAGUGGCGAACGAGACCAAAGCCCUUCCGUUCCUACAGUCGUCACACGGCUUUAUCCAACAGCAGCUCCCUGCCUGGUUACAGCCCAUUGUUGGAGAAGUCUGCAAUCAUCUUCCGCCAUCAUGGUUCCGCGAUCUACAUCUGACCGACACCGCUCGAGCCUUCGCUCCCAUGCUUCACACCCUCAAGACAGCAGUCGAGUCCUAUCUCGUUAUGGUAGACUGCCUCCACACCAUCAGCAUAUCUCUUCCACGAUCCAUAUCACCACAGCUCCACGUCUCUCUCCAAGCGGCUGCCUCAUCACUUUCACUCUCCCUCCUCGAGCCCAGCCUGUCCCGCCUUCCCGCUGGGGUUCACGCCGCAGUUGGGUAUGGAGUGGCCGCAAAAUGCCGCAACUUUCCGACGGAUGACUGGGACGAGGCACGAUUGAUGUUGGCGAUCGACUACAGUCGCGCUGCGCUCACGGCAACGCUCAUCCACGAGGACAUGCCGUUGUAUCGCACCCUUCGCACCUUUCACUCCGAGACACUCGGCGGGGCAGCGCUGGACCGCACAUGUUCAUCACCCGAUCAUAUCGAACUCGACUGCACAGCAGGCCUACGGGCCGCAUUGACAAACAUUACACAGCUUCCGGUCUUAGAAGAUGAAGACGCCAAAGAGAUGGCCUUCAUCCAAACCAUUGUGAUAUACGGAGAAUCCGCCUCGGACUUGAGACUCAACUCUGUCUUACGAGAUGUGCUCUCUAGAGGCGACGAUGACGACAACGACGAUGGUGGUCAUGCCAUGAGAUUCAUCGUGGAUGGCGGACAAUCAUCGAAUCCCGUCUCGCCGCUCUACGCCGCCGCGCGUGGCGUCGCAGAGGUCGGCUGGCUGGUACUAGAUGAGCCACCUCCAGACGGAUGCAAUUGCAACGAUUUCACGAGACGACGCAAGUGUUAA